CCUGAGAAAUAACAGCUAUAUAAGCCAUACCUGUGUUAUGUGUAAUGUGACAUGUCUGAAUGAGUUGCCCUGAAUGAGUGGACCACCUUUCCUACCACCCUCCACUUAUGAGCUGUGCCAAUCAAAACUCUAUCUAUCGUGCCUUCCCUUGCAAAGGGACAGUGCCGUUAGGGGGGUGAGAAAAGCACAGACACCCUGUUAUAAGCCCUGUUGUGAAAACCCCUGUUGUGCUUGUGCCCAAAAACCCAGAAGUUGCCACGUACGAAAGCUCUUCACGUGCUUGAGUGUGGUAACGAGAAACGGUGUGCAUAGAUAAGAACAGAAGAAAUAGCUGCUGUGGUUUUUUUUGUAAGUAACCUCAGACUGUGGAGCAAAAGAGAUAAUGGGAAGCUCCGGGUCAAAAACAGGCAGCCCAGAAUCAGAAAAAACCCCGUUAAAGAAAAUGUGUAAGAUCUACAAAGAUCGUAUGCCAUCUAGGUUGAAUUUAAAAAGAUUAGUGACUCUGUGUCAAGACAAGUGGCCAUUUUUUACUAAAGAUUUACCCUCAUUGCAGUGGCCUGUAGUAGGGACAUUUGAACCCGAAAGACUCACGCACUUGAGGCAUUAUUUAGAAAGAAAACAACCCUCCCAGAUGGAUUACUGGUUUCUUUGGGAUGAUCAAAGAUCAAGAUUGCAAGUAGAGAGUGUAAUAGCCAGUCAGAAAAAUAGCUUGAAUCUGCUUAAGCAGAAGUUGGGACUGUCAGCCAGCCAGAUAGCCUCAGCCCCUUUGCUGCAGCCCCAGAAUGACCAAGCACUGUUUGCACAUUUAGGACCUUUAGAAGACAUUAGAAGCACUCCCAGUAAAUUGCUCCCUGUGCGUACUUAUCCAAAUUUUGCUGAUCCAAACCAAGCUCCAAUUAGAGCUUACCAGCCCUGGAGUUCCUCUGAUAUUUGGAAUCUCAAACAGAGAUUGCCAGCCCUUAGAGAAGACCCUGAGAGAUUUAUUGAAGAGCUUCAAAAUUUGGCAACAUUAUAUAACCCUACAGCGUUAGAUCUUGAAGAUCUGUUGAGAAUGGUCAUACCUAAACAUGAUUUUGAUAGAAUUUUAGUUGCGGCCAGAAACCCUAAUAACCAAGCCCUUACAGCCUGGCCAGCAAAUCCCCAAGCAGGAGAAAUAGGUUUGACAGACGCAGACCUCCAGCGAAUGAGACAAGAAAGAGAAACAUUGUGGCAAGCAAUUCGACAAAUUUGUGGCAAACGCAUAAAUAUGACUGCCAUUCGAGACACAAAACAACUUAAAGAUGAAAGCCCCAGAGCUUAUCAAGCACGUCUGGAGUGUGCUAUUAGAAAGCAUUCUAAUCUAGACCCAAGCGAUCCACAAAAUGCCUGGCAUAUAACUGAUUUGCUUCUAAAUGGGCUUAUCAGUGAAAUUUCAAGUAAAAUUAGGACUGCAGUCAUCGGGUAUCGGGAGGCCACGCCCGAGGAAAUUCUACGGGCCGCCACCCAAUACUGGGAUGACAUCCAAGAAAGAAAACUAGGAAAAGAAAAAUUAGAAACCAAGUUGCUAACCUUGCAAAUAGAACAGCUCCAGACUCAAAUCCUACCUUAAGAAGUUUGGCUAAACAGUGCAUAGACGCAGUAUUGCAACUAAGAAGACCUAAAAAUAAAAACAGCUAUGAUACCAAAUUUCUCAUUAUUAGCAAGCUACAUGAUACAAAUUGAUACAAACCACAAGAUUCAGUCCCUGAACCGCUAAAAUGGUCAGAGGAAAUGAAUCAGAGAUGAGAAGACUUAAUAACCUCAUUAACCAAAAUUCAUGCACUGGGCUUGCGAAUAGCAUAUUACUCUGCACAAUUAGACGCAGCUGCACAAGGAUUUCCACCUUGCUCCAAGCAGUGGCUGCUACCGCCUUGCUUGUAAAGAAAAAGCAGCUGAUUUGAAAUUAAAAAAAAAAUUUGUGGGUUAGAGUUCCACCGUCGCAGCCCUGUUGAUAACCAAAUCUACACAAUUUCUAUCGAAUCAGAGAUUGACUCGAUACGAGCAGAUACUACCAGCAAUUACCCUUAAACAGUGCACUACCUUAAAUGAUUGCGAAGUGGUAAUUCAAGAAUUUGACUGAUGUUACAUUGCCAGCUCCAGAUAUAGUUCUGUUUACUGAUAGCUCUUGUAAAGGAAACAGCUGGGGAGAGCUAGUAGCCAGAUAUGCAGUAAUUUCUCAAGUACUGAUAAAAUAAAAAUAAAAAGGAAGUGUAUACCACAUUAGAAAGUUUCGCUCUGCCACGAAGUGCACAAGCCGCAGAAUUAAUUGCUUUAACCAGAACCUAGCAAAAGAUUUGUCAAUAAUUAUUCAUACAAUAUUGUUUUGUAAUCUGUCAUGCAGUUGAGCAAAUCUAAGAAUAUAGAGGCUUUAUGACAGCCGCAGGAGGGCCUAUAGCAAAUAGCCCUUUAGCUGCAAAGUUGUUUGAAACAAUCUUGCAAAUCCAACACUAAAGAGAACACUCUUUUCCCAGGAUACUAUUCCAACGUAGGAAAAAGAAUCUUGCAACUUAAAGAAAAGAAUCUUAAGAAGAAAAUAAUACUAAUAAAAAAUUGAGAAAAAUAAUGUAUGGGUAUUUUAUAAUGACAAACCAAUUGCAUCUUGAGAUUUAGUUAAGACACUAACAUACUUAAACAAUGGUGUGCCCCAAGAAUACACCUAGAAGCUAAAUGAGUGUGCCAAAAGUGUGUAACUUGCCUGAAGUUUUUAUAGUCCUAAACUAUCUGCACACACCCGUGAGUUUAUAGUCCAUUUCAAUAUUGCAGAUUGACUUGAUUGAAUUUACUAACGCAAUAAGAUUUAAAUACUGUUUUACUGUUGUGUGCAUUUUCAGUAGAUGGGUAGAAAGUUUUCCUGUAUAAUAUGCAACAGAAAAAUCCACAAUUAAAUGCUUACUAAGAGAAGUGGUGCCCAGGUUUAGCGUACCUUUAAGGGUAGAUUCAGACUAUACUAAGAAUUAAGUGAAAUUCCUUUGGUGUUAAUGAACUUGAGAAACAGCCACAACAGAAAACAUGGACUCACACAACAUGAAAUUGUAUUUGGGAAGCUUAUGGCUGUUGGACUGUCUCUGCCAAAACCAUUUUUCCCCUCACUGAGAGCAGUGAGGAAAUAAUCUGUUAUGUUCUACACUUACACAGACUAUUAGUUCAACUCCAAAGAAAAAUGAGAAACAAGCAACUGCUUCCAGUUGAUGUUCCAUGUCAUCAUUUCCAACCAAGAGAUGCAGUGUUCAUAAAAGUCCAUAAGAAGCCCAAUAUAAGGACGGGCCUUAUAUUGUGUUGCUGACCACACACACCUGGAUACAUGCAGCCCAUGUGAAAAAGCUAAAUCCAGGAUGCCAAACGGAUGAUCCAGAUGAUCCAGUUGCACUAGAAAGUUACUCAGACCUGAUUGAGAUGUUAAAGGAUGAAAGAAGCUGCCAGGAGGAAGCCAAGAGAGCCCCCUGCACAUGCUAAGCGACCAAGUGUCCAGUGGAGAGAGCGCGUUGAGGCUGAAGAGCAGGAACUCCCCUCCACGGAACGACAUCUGGUCAGUCAGCAAGAUCAGCUGUCCUUUUAACCUCAAGUCAAGAGUUUCUGAGUUAACGAGGCAUAAUAACCCUCCAACGAAAUCUGGAUGCUCUAAGAGACAUUCAGUGAAGAGAAGAUAUUAAGACAACGCGUUACAACUACUUUGUGUGUUUUUAACCUCUAUAGUUCUCUGAAUUGUAAAAAUGAAAUUUGAGUGUGUGUUAUUUCUUAUUAUACUGCCUUGCAUUGCAAUCCAAAAAAGAGUCUCAAAAGCAUCCCAUGACUUGAGCAGGUAAAAAAAAAAAGAAAAAAAAAAA